AUGUCGACUGCAGUACUCAGCUAUCUUGGGAGCCUAGCAGGCUACGGGCCCAAGCCCGCCGUGGACAAGGCCCCCAUCCGGGCUCUGCCUGCGGGCUGGUACACCUCCCAGGACAUGUACGAGCUGGAGCGCCGCGCCAUCUUUUCUCGCAGGUGGCAGCUCAUCACCCACAAGAUCAGAAUCCCAAAUCCGGGUGACUGGCUCAAUUUUGAGGUCGCUGGCUUCAAUUUAAUCAUCGCCCGUGAUCGCAAGGGCGCCAUUAAUGCCUUCCACAACAUCUGCAGGCACCGCGCCUAUCCAAUUGUCGAGAAGGAGCAAGGCACCUCCAUGAUAUUCUCCUGCAGAUACCAUGGCUGGUCCUACGGUCUCAGCGGGAACCUGGCGAAGGCUCCUGGUUACCAGGAGCUUGAGGGUUUUGACAAGUCCAAGAACGGGCUGUUCCGCAUUCACACCCACAUUGACAACAAUGGCUUCAUCUGGGUCAACUUUGACGCCAAAGACACUCCAGAGGUGGCAUGGGAGGAUGACUUCGCUGGCGCUGAUACCCAGGAGAAGUAUAAAGACUUCAACUUUGAUGACUAUGUCUUCGACCACGCCUGGCAGAUGGACGGUGACUACAACUGGAAGAUCCUGUCAGACAACUACAACGAGUGCUACCACUGCAAGACCACUCACCCCGACAUUCCUGCGGUGGCUGACCUCGAGGCGUACAAUGUCGAGACGAAGCGAGGCUACAUAAUCCACAAUGUUGCCACAAAGCCCGAGCAGAGGGAUCUGGGUCUGGUCGUGGCACCGACCUAUCACUUCCCUAACGUCUCUAGCAACGUCACCCCCAACUUCUUCUUCAUCCAGCGCUUCAUCCCACACUCGGCCAGCAGAUCCACCAUGGCUUACCAGGUCUUUCGCAACAAGAACGCGUCAGAGGAGAGCUUCCAGCUGGUCAACCAGAUGUACAAGCGCAUCAUGUCUGAGGACAAGGUUCUCUGUGAUGCGGCUCAGCGUAAUGUGAACGCUGGGGUCUUUGUGAACGGCGAGAUGCACCCCCGCAUGGAAAAGGGCCCUCUCUUCUUCCAGAAGCUGUGCCGCGAGGCGGUCACCGAGCACUGGAACAGGGAGAAGGCCGCCAAGAAGGAGAUCUGGCCAGCGAGGCAGACAUUUAAUAACUACAACGCCGACGUCGCCGAGAAGGACAUCACUUUCUGCUCGGGGCUCAGCUGCUCGACUCUUGACGAGAAGGGCCCGCUGGCUUGGUAG